AUGAUGCAGCAAUUUUUACUUGGACAAGAAAAUGGGCAGAUUGAGGAAGCAAGGCAGUUUGCUGAGCUGACCCAAAAGUUGAAUUCUUAUUCUAAUGACCUGAAUAACAAGCUUGAGAGUCUGACCUCUAAGGUCAAGUACAUGGAGAGCAACAUUGCUUCUACUUCAGCUCCUAAGCCAAACCAACUUCAUGGACCAGCUACUCAAAACACAAGGGAGUUUACAGCUAAAGCUAUUCACUUCUACGAAGAAGUUGUCACUGAGGACAGUGAAGUUCAAGAUGGGGAGGAUUUGUCACUUAUUGAAGCCCAGAGUAAUGGUUCUUCAAAACAGACUGAAGCCAUCAAAGCACUCGACCAGAAAGAUGAAGAGAGAGGACCUCCCUUGGGAAAAUAUGCUCAACAUCCUUUCCUCAAGGACAUGCUUCUUGAAUUAUCCAAGCAAAAAGCUCAAGAUCAAGACAUGAAGGAUUUGAAAGAGAUUGGGAAAGCUAUUAUCCCAGCACAUCUUGAAGAUCCAGGUUCAUUUAAUCUACCUUGUUCCAUCAGCUAUAUGCACUUCAACAAGUGUCUAUGUGACCUAGGAGCUUCAGUGAGUUUGAUGCCAUACUCAGUUGCUGAGAAGUUGGGGUAUGGAGAUUUUAAGGCCAGCAAUUUCUAUAUUAGCCUAAAAGAUGGAUCCAAGAGGGAUGUGGUUGGAGUGAUUGAAAACUUUCCAGUCAAGAUAGGAAAGGCUAGAAUCCCAACUGAUUUUGUGAUCAUGAGCAUGGACCAUGAGCCAGAAGACCCUCUCAUCCUGGGGAGACCAUUCUUAGCCACAGCUAGGGCUGUAAUUGAUGUUAAGAUGGGGACCAUCAAGCUCCACCUUACUAAAGACUUCACUAUGAAGUUUGACAUCAAUAAUUCAACACAUCAACCUACUUUUGAAGAGGAGCACUUUGUGGUAGAGAAAAAAACUAGUUGUGAAGCUUUUGAGGAUGAAGAGGACCCUAUGAUUAUAAGUUCAGCCCAAGCCAAGACAGUUGAAAAGCUCAAGGGUUCAGCUAUUUAA